GCAUACUAAAAUCUUUUGAAAAUGUUUUUGAUAACGCGAGGAACUGCGAACUUGGUGCUUUUUGCAAGUUUCUGUACAAUACUGUGGCUGGCCCGGGAAGGUACGGCCGAUUGCAAUGUUUGUCAGAGCAAUGGAGCGGCCUGCAUUAACUCGACCUCGUACUACAUGUGCUUCGGAGGCAUUACGCCGAAUCAGGAGCAACUCUACCAUUGCCUAGAUGGCUUCGAGUGCACCGACCUGAGAGCCAUUUGCGUGCAGAAAAACGCUCAACGGCCCCCGAGCUGUGGGAAUACGGCGCUGUGCGGGCAGUGCAGCGCCCAUAGAAACUAUUUGUUCGCCUGCCUGAGUCGAGGCAUCUUUCAGAUGUGUUAUGGGUCCUCGCAACCAGCUGGAAAAUUUGGAUACUGCCCCACUGGCUUCGUAUGCCAUGCGGGCAGCGAUGCUGUUUGCGUGCCAGAGAAUACAGUCUCAACCAUUACCUGCGAUGUCGCGGACGAACAGGUAGAUACAACAACAGUGCAGACAACGGACUCCACAACCGGCAGCACCAUGGAUAGCUCCUCGGAUUCCACUCCCAGUAGCACGGAAACUAGCACGCCCACCAUACGUUGGACGCCUUUAAGAGUCUGUGAGGAGAGGCGUGAAUCAGGACUCUUUCCAACCGUGCCGGAAGAUGUGUACUGCCAACGCUAUAUAUAUUGCUUUUAUAAAUUGGCUGUCAUAAAGGCGAUUGAGUAUACAUGCCCUGCGAAUACUUAUUUCCAAAUCGAGAAGCAACUAUGCACCACGAUUAAGCCCAGCUAUUGUCUGUAGAAUGUGAAAAUAUUCAAAUUAUACUCGUACAACUUAAUAUAUAAAUAUGGAAUAUAUAUACAAUUCAA